GCCAAAUGAUUGGGGGAGAAACAAAAUCUCAAGCCACGCUGGAGAGUGAAGAGUAAAGGCUACCAAACCCUCCAAGGAUUUCGAAGUUUCGCACUUCCAGUUUCUCAUAUCCCCAAAAAGCUGCUCGCCGCCAUGAAAAUCCGAACACUGAAGCUACGAGAAGCACACAAACCCAGCGCUGCGUACGGCGCGGCCAAUGGAUCCUCCUUCUGCUCCAUCCUAUGGGAUCAGCAAGCUCGCCAUUUGGUAACUGCUUCCUCCUCGGAUUCCGGAAUCUCCAUCCACGACGCUCUUCUGCCUUCGACCACUCCCAAGAUUCUCCGGCACCACCGUGACGGCGUCACCGCGCUGGCGCUCAGCCCUAACUCCACCUGCCUCGCCUCCGGAUCUAUCGACAACUCCGUCAAGCUCUACAAGUUCCCGGGUGGGGAAUUUGAGACGAACAUCACUAGGUUUACACUUCCAAUCCGUGCUCUUGCAUUCAAUCAAUCAGGGAGCAUGCUGGCGGCUGCCGGGGAUGACGAUGGUAUUAAGCUGAUAAACACUGUUGAUGGCUCAAUAGCUAGGGUUCUGAAAGGGCACAAAGGGUCUGUCACUGGAUUAGCUUUUGAUCCUAUGGGUGAGUACUUGGCAUCAAUUGAUUCCAUGGGAACAGUCUUAUUUUGGGAGUUGCAGUCGGGGACAAUAUUGCAUACCCUAAAAGGUGUAGCUCCUAAUACUGGGUUAGACACUUCCCUGGUCAAUAUACUAAGCUGGAGUCCCGACGGGGAGAUGCUGGCGGUCCCUGGUCUGAGGAAUGAUGUGGUGAUGUAUGAUAGAGACACAGCCGAAAAGGUGUUUACAUUGAGGGGCGACCAUCUGCUACCUUUAUGUUUCUUGUCUUGGUCGCCUAAUGGGAAAUAUAUGGCGACAUCAAGUUUGGAUAGGCAGGUUCUGAUAUGGGAUGUCCUUAAAAAGCAAGAUAUUGACCGUCAGAAAUUUGAGGACAGAAUCUGUUGCAUGGCGUGGAAACCAGUUGGUAAUACAUUGGCUGUUGUUGAUGUUUCUGGCAAGUAUGGCCUGUGGGAAUCAGUUGUCCCGUCAUCCAUGAAAUCUCCCACUGAAGAUAUUCCACAGAGUUCAAAAAAGAGCAACGGGCUACUGUUAUUUGAAGAAGAGGGGCAGGAGCCUUGUUCAUCUGGCAGUCUAGGUGAUAACGGUGAGGAUAGCAUAGGUGAAUCAGGCCCGCCAAGCAGGAAAAGAAUACGGAAGCGUUCUGAAUUUGAUGAAGAUCGUUCCACUGAGAAUACAAUUGAUGAUUAUGGCCUGCUUCCUCAACGCAUGGCUCCCAAAAGAGCAAGAGAACAGUUGGACAAGGGAGCUAAUGAAGAACUAAGAAGCACAGCCAUAUCGGUGAGGUCCAAAAUGCAGGAAGCUUUCCAGCCUGGUGUUACUCCUGUGCAGCCAGGGAAGAGGCGCUUCUUGUGCUACAAUAUGCUUGGAACUAUCACUACAAUGGAAUAUGAUGGGUACUCUCAUAUAGAGAUAGACUUUCAUGAUACUAGUAGAGGACCUCGAGUUCCUGCAAUGACGGAUCAUUUUGGUUUCACGAUGGCUUGUUUGAAUGAGAAUGGGAGUGUUUUUGCCAAUCCUUGCAAGGGUGACAAGAACAUGAGUACUCUCAUGUAUCGCCCGUUCAGCAGUUGGGCAAACAACAGUGAGUGGUAUAUGCGGUUUGAGGGAGAAGAAGUCAAAGUUGUUGCACUUGGUGUUCAUUGGGUUGCGGCGAUCACUAGUCUAAAUUAUCUCCGCAUCUUUACUGAUGGUGGUUUGCAGAAGCAUAUUCUUUCCCUUGAUGGUCCAGCAGUGACUGCAUCAGGUUCCAAAAAUCGGCUUGCAGUUGUCACUCAUGCUUCUAACUGUCUUCCUUCAAAUGAUCAGGUGCUUGAAUUCCAUGUAUUUGAUAUACGUAAUGGUACAAGGCCCUCUAGGGGGCGACUUCCAUUGUCUCCUGGUUCACAUCUUAUUUGGUUUGGGUUUAGCGAGGAAGGACUAUUGAGUUCAUAUGAUUCAAAGGGUGUCUUGAGGGUUUAUACAAGCCAGUAUGGCGGCAGUUGGCUCCCGCUGUUCAGUGCCAAUAAAACAAAGAAGUCAGAUGAAAACUACUGGGUUGUGGGGUUGAACGCAAGCAAGUUAUUCUGCAUAGUUUGCAAGAGUCCUGAAGUAUUUCCUCAGGUGAUGCCCAAACCGAUUCUCACUUUGCUGGAUCUGUCGUCCCCCCUAGCAUCUUCCGAUCUGGGAGCAGAUGUCCUUGAGAAUGAAUUUAUUUUGAACAACCUCCAUCUCUUUCAGAUCCAGAAAAGAAUAGAAGAGAGUUCAUCUGACGGUAGGGACACCACUGAACUCGAUGAUGAAGCUUUCAGCACGGAGGCAGCUCAAGAUAGAUGUAUCCUGAGGCUCAUUGCUUCGUGUUGCAACAGCGACAAACUUGUACGAGCCACUGAACUGGUGAAACUCCUGACGCUGGAGAAAUCGAUGAAAGGAGCAAUAAAGCUCGUCACUGCUCUCAAACUACCAAAUCUUGCAGAUCGCUUCAACAACAUACUCGAGGAGCGAAUGCUGAACGAAACAAAAGAUAUGUCAGAGGCAGCUGGUGUUGCAGUUAACCAGGGUUCGGGUUUGGGACGAAAUGGGACAUCAAGUGAGGUAUCGUCAGAGCCCAGCUGCAUCCCAUCUUCAUCCACCACAUUGUCAGCGCCUCAUUUCGUCAAGAAAGUGGUUAACAGAGGUGCACAGAAGGGGAGGAGUGACCAUAACCAAACUGCGAGAGAAGUUCAGCCAGAAGCUGCAACUAGUGGGGGAUCAGCGGAGCUCAGAACAACAGCAGCAGCAGGAAACCAGGAAACAAGCCGUACCUCCAAUCCAUUCUUGAAGUCAUCAAGCAAUCAUGAAGGUGCAGCCAAAGAAGCAAUGUGCCAGCGACCACCUUCCAACCCGUUUAAAAAGUCAGUAAAGUGAGAAUAGCUGGUCAUACACAUCCAUUAGAUUUAACUUGAGCUAAAUUUUUCAUGUUUCAACUUUCAACCCUACAAUCUUUCAAAUUUAGAUUUCUGGUUUUAUUAUUUCUUUCAAUAAACUGCACUUAUUUUUAUUUGUAUGCUAAUUUUUUUUAUAGUUCGUUAUUGUUUUUUAAAACAAAAUUAUUUAUGUAGCUUUUUAUUGCAAUUUGUCAUUUGCCAUCAACUUAGUAUACUCAUUUGAAACUUUUGCUCGUUCUAAAGCAAAAGCAUUCAUCAUAAUUCAUAAGUUUCUCAGAUAGCUCAUCGUCUGGAGGAGAGGAAGAAAUGGGAAGAGUACGAGGUGUUUCAUUACCAACGUGUGAAUUUAAUUGGUCAAAGGCUAUCACAAAGUUCAUCAAGUCAGCGUCAAACUACAAGUCAUACCCACAUUUUUUCAUUGUUGAGAUGAUAAACACGUGAUUGAGAUAAUUCGAUUCAAACUCCGAGAUGAGUGGAGAAAAACCGUGAAGAGUAACUAAAUAUAUAGAGAAAAAUAUGAUAUAUUUUAUGGUCAUUGUCAAAAUCCCUAAAUACUCUAAGGUUUCUCGGGGAAUGCUUUCCUGUUGUUUGCGGAAUUUUUUUUUAUUUUUCCUUUUUCUUCUCACAAUCUUAAAAAUCUUUUACAUUAUUUCAAAGAUUCUAUUGUAAGUUUGUGUACAUUUGGAGUGAGGCAGUUUCUCUGCUUUUUUAUGAACACUUAACUCCUAAAUGAAUGACUUCUGGUAGAGAGAAUGAUUAACUAACUAAGCUUCUUUAUCGUUGAAAAACAAGAACAAGAGUGUAAUCAGAAAGCCAGUUCCUUCGAGGACAGAUAGAAGGAGCUCGAAGAACAAGUUUUCAAGCUUUGGAAGGAGAUUGAGGCUAAAGAAGAAAACAACUAGAGAUAAUAGAGCAAGUGGAGGACGACUAAAUUUACCAACAGUAGCUCCCAAUUAGAUGGAGAAGCGAGUUUUGGUAUGCAUGAAGAAGGAGAAUAAAAAAAACAACUAUUCAGACUGAAUGACACAUUAAAGGAAGAGAGAAGGAAGUCAAUCUCAGUAGGCAUUGGCAGUGAGCUCAAGAGAUCAUCAUUCAAAGAUGUUGACAGCUCAGUGUCAUUCAGUGGCGGACCCAGGAUUGUUGAAGAGGGGUGUCGCCUAAUGAAUGAGUAUCGAUUAUAAUUAUUAAAGCGGUGUUAGAAAUCUCGUAUUAAAAUUUUUGUACCAAAAAAUAUAGGUUCUUCACAAAAUUUCCGGGCGAAGGGGUGUCAGACGACACCCCUACGCAACACCUAGAUCCGCCCCUGGUGCCAUUGUCAUUGCCAAAGCAUCAUUUGGGGUUGUAGAAACCUACAAAAGAAACCAAGUCCUACUCUUCAUAUGUGCAUACGAAAAGAAGAUUAGUAUUAGCAAAGCGCUUUCUUGUACUUCCGAUACCAAUGACACAACAUGCUAUUAUACUGAUAAUCUCAAUAAAAAGGACAAAACCAGUUUGCACUUUUAUAAAAGAGCGGCUACAACCAACGUUAUGCAAACAAAAUCAAAUCAAAACCUUAAAACCCGAAUAAUAGCAUAACUAAGAAUCCAUAUCAAUCGGGAAAGUCGAAAAUUUUCUCUAGUAAAUCUUAGUUUAUAACACAAGCUUCCAUGUCAAGGGUUAGUCAAAAAACAUAAUUUUCCCGUGUUAUCAUUGCAAGAGUACUACUAGCACCACGGUGCUAUUGUGAAUAGCUAGCCAAGAGGUCAUCAAUGACAAGAUGAUCAUGAUGAUAAUGAUCAUAGACACAUAGUCAAAUUAUCCAUUGGUACUAGGAUGAAAGAUUCAAAAUCAGUAAUUAGUUUCCUCCAAUAUCUUAAAACACAUUUUUGACAUUAAAAUUUGACAAUUUAUCUUCACAUUUCAGGAAUAAGGUUUCAUAAUUUUU